GGGUUGCGGCACAAUGGGCCCAAUGGGGUGAAUCGUGUAAUUCUAAGUGGAAAAGAAACUACAGCUUUGUGAGCCACAGUCUGUGUAAUAACUCCCUGGUGUAAUCAAACCAAACCGAUAGGUAAAGCUACGACGACAACCAAACAAUAAUCGAUCUGGCUGCGCUAAAGAUUGAAUCGAUUCGCGUAGGCCUAUUUAGUAUUUUGUGAUUUAUCAACAUAUUCGGGGCGAACCAUUAAGCAGGCACUUUACUGUACUCCAUUGAUGAUACAUAUUCUAAUUAAUUGUAUGGACAAAGUAACGUUACGGUAGUAUCUGAAGAUCUUCGGUCUAAAGUGAAGAACUCAUCGAAAAGCAGAAACACCAUGCAUCUGUAUUCAUUUUGUUUGAUUAGCUUGAUGUUAUUAGCAGUAUCCACUGAAGCCAGACGCUUUCAUGGGAGUCACGCACGUAAACAUCAUAGUGUUCUCAAGGGAGCAGAUGAUUGUCGUAGGGUGACCUGCCCUCAAGGUUCAACGUGUACCAUAGAUGAGUCCGGGUUACCAGAAUGUACAUGCGUUACGAUAUGUCCGGUCCACUUGAAUCCUACAUGUGGCUCGGACAAUCGAUGGUAUGAGAAUCAUUGCGACUUGCACCAAACAGCUUGUGUAACCGAUAGUAAAAUUUCGGUUCAUCACAAUAAUGAAUGUUUUAAUAGAGGUGUUACGUGUUCUGGUAUUAACAAGCAGACGUUUAAAAGUCGCGUUCUUGAGCAUUAUACGACGCAAUUUAAACAUCCCCAGCACAUAGAUACGACUAUUAGUGAUUACAAAGUUUCUAAAACGUUUUUACUGGGUCUAAUAUUUAAUCAUUACGAUCUGGAUCAAGAUGACGUCAUAAGUAAAAAUGAAGUAUUAGUUUCUAUGACGAGGGAUGAACUGUUGCCGAUCUCAACACAUUGUACGAUGGCCGAUGUAUUGGCAGAGCAUGAAUCAGACGGUGAUGGGAAGUGGUCUACUGCCGAAUUCUUCGAAGCAUUCGGAGUCGGUGGAUAUGAACUUGAUGAGAGUCUUCGAACCAAGGUAACCAUAACCACUGCUGGAGAAAGACUAGUAUUAGGAUGUGAUAUUCGCGGAGAUUCAACACCAGACGUUGUGUGGACGCGAAAUGGUAUAGCACUUGAUCAACUUAAAUUCAUUGAUGGAAUUCAGAUUUAUGGAGAUGGCAAUUUGUAUUUCACGCCUGUAACUACAAUGCAUGCUGGAAAUUAUACGUGCAGCAUUCGUGGCCGUAUAUUACCGACGCAAACAUACACAGUACGCGUAAAAGUUCCACCAACGGUUCGUGUCUGCCCGGAAAACCAGCUGGUUGCAACUGGAACGACGGCUAAGUUCUAUUGCAAUGCUUGGGGAGUACCACAACCUACGAUCUCUUGGCAGCGAAAUGGACUAAGACUAAAGGAAAAUGAAGUUGCAGCACUAAACAACAGGACGUUAACGAUCAAAGACAGUAAAACUGAGAAUUCUGGUAGAUUUAUCUGCAGCGCUAGGAAUGAUAUUGGUAUAGAAGAAGUUAACGCAGUACUCGUAGAAGAAGAAGCAAUAUUAUCACAUGAUCCCCUUCGAAGCCUAUUCUAUGUUUUUCACAAGAAUGGUAUAAUGUCUAUUGACCCGGUCACGUGUGAGGGUCACCUUAGAAAGCUGUCAAAUGAUAUGAUACCAAAUACGAACGAGAAACUUUGCAACGUCUUCAACAAGACUGGGCAAUUAAGAUGCGUAUGGGGAGGCGCUGUUGAAGUUCAAAAUCGUUUUAUAUACGCUACACAGCCAAUGGAGAACAGGAUAGUGGUGGUUGCUAUAGGGAACGAACAGAUAGUUGAGUACAUCAAGACGGAGACAAAACCUGUUUCGUUACAGUACGUGGCACAUUUAGACCAAGUUUGGUUUGUAAGCUGGGGAAAGAAAGACCAACCGAGCAUGCGCAUUGUCCAAGUCAUACCAGAAGCGAGUAAGUUCCAAGCCCAUCAUCCUAUCCACAUGGAACCAACCAAACACCAUUACGACAGCAUUCAAAGCCUUUAUAUUCCGCCCAAGCAAAUUCCCGGGCAAGGAUUUUUCGAAUAUGGAUUUGCUCAUCACGACAAGGAAUUGGGCUUAGAUAAAAUUGACCUGAAAUCUAUGAAGAAAGUUAGUACUUUAGAACUUGUGAGUCACGGAUGCGUACCACACGCACUCGCGUACGUAUCGUUCGGGGGAUAUCUUGUCGUAAGUUGCGGGAAUUCAAACACUGGAAAACAGUUAAUUAUAGAUUACAUUACUGAAAAAGUUGUCGAAGUAAAUGAACAUAUUAAAGGUGUGCCUAAGAUAUCACCGAAUGGAGAAUUCCUCGUUAGUAUUGAUUAUAAUGAAGGCGCUAUUUUUGUUCAAACUAUCUCUGAACUGGGCAAGGUUGAACAGCAUUUUGAAAUUCGUGCAAAUAUCAUUAUCAGUGAUGUUGCAUUUUUUCCAUCUGUCACACGUGACUCGUACGAUAUGCUUUUAACUCCAAGGGAAGAUAAUGAAGCUCUAUUUGUUAACUUGAAAACAGGGGCUUUGAAAGUCAUAACUGUUAACGGACAACCAAUAAAUCCAGAUGAUUGGCCCCCGAACGAGCAUAAUCGACAUGUGGUCAGUGACGGUCUACUAGAUGGUUACCUAGCAACUCCUAUGAGAGAAAGUUUACUUAUUUUUGAUACAAGAUCACAAAAAGUUCAUUGUGAUGUUGGGGAAAUAAAAUAUGGUAAUGUCAUUCAACCAGUAAGUUUCUGCUAGAAUUGCUCAAUAUUUUUUGGACAUCAGGAAUAUUUUAUCAGCCUGUCUGUACUUAAAAAAUGCUUUGCAAAAAUUGUAAAUAUAAUAGCCUACGAAAUUCAAACCUUAGUGUUAAAUAUUGCCGGCAAUACGAGGCACGCAGUAGGGCAGUAGGCCUGCAGGCCUAAACCAAAAAGACGCUCCAAAGCACCACUAGACCAUUACAAGAUAUUUUAUCCUCCUGUGGUUAUUAGACUUACUUUCCAAAAACAAAUAAAUUCAGGUUAGGUUUUCAUAAUGUUUCAAUUAUUUAGUUUUCGAAAUCUCUCUUUACAGUAUUUUUAUGGGCACGCAUAAUUCGUCGGGUUCGAAUGGCGUGUAAAAAUGUUAUGUACAUAAAUUACACAUCUUUGAAGUAAAAGGAACUAAGUCGAUGAAUUGUAUGUACGUUCAAUUUCAAAAACUGCUUGUUUACUUAUAUGACUUAUGCAACGUAAAACUGUACCGUAUGUAUUUAUGUAAAAUAUAUUUUGUUAUUCAUUCAAUUUAUUGCUGACGAUUAUAUUUUUUCGUAAUUUUUUUUUAAGGUUUAGCUUUACGCAAUAUUUUUGUAUAUAAUGAUGUAUUAACUAUUAUGAUGCGUUUAAUAAUAUGGAAUAACCAAAAGAACCAGUUGAAGUUUCAAUAUAUAAAUAUCAGUGUAGUAGCCUAGAAUUAGGUAGCGCGCAUUUUAAGCCUUGUUUCCAUAGAAUCGCUACACAGUCGCUACAACGUUUUCACUGCAACGCGUAGCUGUCCCCAACGCAAUCGGGAACGCGCCCUGAUCCAAUUGACCAAUCAGCGUCGCCAAAGGAGUCGGCGAUAGCGUGUAGCGAUUUUUUUAAAAAUGGAAAUCAGGCUUAAUUAAUAUUUCAUAAUAUUGAUAAAUGAGGCCUACGUAUACAACAUUCCCUACAUUAUUUCUCGGUAUAUUAUUUUAACAGUGCCUUUUGUUAUCACUUUGAAGUAUAUUAUUAAUCUGAAAGAUAAUGCGUUUAAUUAACAUUAACUUCGUCAGAAUCAAACAGUAGAAUGCAUUUUAUUAUUAUUAUUCAUUAUUAUUAUAAUUAUUAUUUUAAUAUAUUUAUUAUUAUUAUUAUUAUAAGUGUUAUAUCACCACUACUUUUAUACUUGGAAGAUAUCAAAGAUGUGAACAGAAUGCAUUUACUAUUUGUAAUAAUGAUCAAACUUUAAUUUUAAAGAACUUAAGGCGCAUUCACACCGAAUUUUCGGAUCAGUAUGCAAGAAUAGAGACGUUGGCGCUCAGUGCAUUGGAAACGCGGUCUGAAUCCAAUGUGAAUGCAGGUUUAAUUCAAGAUUCGUAUACUCCCACCAGAUUUUUAAUAUUUUAAAACAUUAAGUACACUGACGUCAAUAUAUAAUCUAUUUAACCGAUACUAUUUGAGAAUCGGCGUUCCUCAUUUUGAUACUGUAUAUAUAGAUCCUAAAACUUGGCAAAUUAAUUUAAUCUUUGGUGCUAAAAUUGCCAUAACGAUGAAAUAAAGCUAAGUGAUCGAUUGGAAUGUAUGAUUUUGAUAACGUAUAAGAUAUAGUGAUUAAUCCAGGGGGACAUAACCUAAUGCACCUUUCCGCUAAGCCCCGCCCCUUGGAUAUUGUUGCUAAGGUCCCCCAAAACGGCAGUGUAAAAAAACAUACGCAAAUACAUGCGUUUGUGGGACAACACGCGCGUAUUCCUGACCCUUUCUGAUUGGUCAGUUGUUAAGUUUGAUUGACACUCUGGAAAGGUCAGUUUAAUGGACCUAUCCGCUAAGGUCCCAAAAAAAGACCAUAAAGGUAGGCCUAUGUAAAUAUGUGUUUUGUGAAACAAACGCGAACUCUAGCUGAUCGAUCAGUGUACGAUGUCUAAAUUUAGUAAUGCAAUAGUCGCACUUUAGAGACUAAUUCAGAGGUUUAUUAACACAAGCACCUAAAGAAGUACUGUGUAGACGGAAAGGGUGUUAGUAUUUUACCUAAUUUCAAAACAGCUUAUUUUGCAUUAUUUAUUGUAGUAGUAUGGCUCACCUUAUCAUUAUUUGUCUAAAAUUAGAAAUUAAUAGAAACGUAGCCAGUAUGUCGAACGUGAAAGUUGAAAGUAAACUGGCACAUGAUCGUAACAACAAGCAUUUAUACGCAAAAUAAACACAUAUUAACAUUAGGCAAUUCAACGAAACAAUAAUUAAUAGGGCCUACAAGAGAAUACGAUGAAGAUGAACAUAUAUGAGAACCAAUGAAUUUUGGGAAACUAAUAAUUCCCAAUUAAUAGGCCUAAAAUAAUAUACGAUAAAAUGUUCAAUUAGCCUGGCACAGGUGUAGAUUGUAUGCUUGUAAUAAAUUGUAUAUUCAUGGUAGUAUGUGGUAGAAUGGUUUAAUCAAUUAUACCUCAAGUAUCACCAAAAGAAUCUGAACUAGUCUUGUUUCAGACGUUUUCAAGAAAAUCUGAACUAGUCUUUUUUCAGUCGUUUUCAAGAGCAUCUGAACUACUGUAGUCUUGUUUCAGACGUUUUCAAUAGAAUACAUGGAGGUAUUAUAGUAAUACUAAGUAAUACUAUAAUACCUCCAUGGAGAAUCUGAACUAGUCUUGUUGUAGACGUUUUCACAGAUUUAUCUGCACUACACUAGUCUUGUUUCAGACGUUUCCAAAGGAAUCUGAACUAGUCUUGUUUCAGACGUCUUUAAUAGAAUACAUGGAGGUAUUAUGGUAAUAAUAUACAGUAAUACCUCCAUGUAGAAUCUAACUCGUCUUGUUUUAGACGUUUUCAAGAUGGUUCGAACAUGCAGGUAGAAUAUCACAUGAUUUAUAUCUCCAUGGUUACAGAUUAGGUUCGAUAUUCUUUGAAAAAUAAACUUUUCAAUAGUUUGUUCGUAUAGCUGUAUUAAUUUAAUUUUAAAAUUUAGUGGUAAAGUAUGAAGUGCGAUAUCCCAAACAGAUGGACACUUUCAAACAAAUAAAAAAAUCUAAGCUAUACUUAAGUAUGUUAUAAUGGCUGUUUUGUACUCUUAAGAAAAAAACGAAUAAAUAUGAUUGUUUCACGCGUAACCAUUA